GUGAGGGUGUCAUUCUCUCUCCAUAUCCAGUGAUCUCUCUUAUCAUGUAUUUACAUAUUUUACAUAUCUGAGAACACAUAAGAUGUAAAUACAUCUUAUGAUGUAUUUACAUAUCUGAGAACUCUAUAUAUCUAAUUAACUCUUCCAUUACGUCACAAAGUGCUGUAGUCUGAAAAAGCAUUACCUGAAAGGCACAUUUUGUUCCAUAGAAUUAAUAAGUGGCAUUGUAAUUGCAUCUUACAAUUUACAUCCUGAAAAAAUGUGUAAAAAAACGUAUUGCAAGGCUGAUGUCUACGUCAAAUUGCACUCGGGGUUGCAUGAAGACUUCCAGUGACACGUUUGUUGUGUGAUUCGUCAGUGAAGAUUUGUUCUGAGGAAAUCCGCGUGUCGCUAACGGUGAUAUAUGGAGUCCUUACUGGUGAUCACCUGCUUCAUCGGGGCGGUCCACGGCGUCACGCAGUGUCCAAACAAGACAGAGUUGGACAUUUGUCUCAGUAAGCUGGCCCCACACAUGCCCAAGCAAGGCCUUCCGGUCGACAUGAAGGAACUUCACACUAUGUGCAAGGCGUUCAAGGGUGGGAUGCGAUGUGUGGAUGGCUACACUGCUCGAUGUUUAUCCCAAGUGGAGAGGGCAGGACUCGAGGAACACCUUAAAGGAGCACGGAGCACCUUAGCCUUCCUCUGCGACGACCCGGUGUUCCAGAGGGAGUACCUGUCGCACGGGUCAUGCAUAAAGGACGUGCAGGAGGACUGGGACCGCUGUCACCAGAGCUUCAAGUCCCUGGUCCAUCAGCAGCAUCGUGACCUUAACGUUUCCGACGCCCUGAGAGACCACAAAAUAUGCUGCAUCCGGCUAUGGUUCCUGUCCUGCGUCUACGACAUGAGCUACCUGAAGUGCGGCAAGACUCAAGCAGUGUUCCUGAAGAAGGUGACGGCUACCCUCUCCUACAGCGACGUCCACCAGGAGAAAUGCAGCAGAGUGAAGCCUAAGGAAUGUUCAUCUGCGACUCCUUCGGCAGGUCUUCUCCAUUCCUCGUGCUACUUACUCUCGUUGCUGUUGCUGAUGCUCACACCGUCGCUAGUGCUCCUGGUGGGAGCGUGGGAAGGCGGGGGUAUUGGUGGCGUUCCGUAGCGCGAUUGGUAGUGGGUCUUGUGUUGCUGCUACUUGACGGUGUGAGUAGUGUUCCGCUAUUGCUUUUCUGUGUCGCGUGUAUUGAAACGGAUGCUACUGCAACUUGGCCGUAUGGAUAUUCUUCUGUCGUCUGAUACUGUUUCAGAUGUUGCAGAUGGUUCUUAGUAACUGUUUCUGCUGUCCAAUGUACCUUGAGCCAACUUAUCGUGCGUUUGGGGAAGGGUGCAUGCGAAGAUUCUUGAUGCCAAGGUGUUCCGUGUUGCCUGGCUUUCUCCUGCUUUCUGACGCUCCUGAAUAUUGUUUUCCAGGAGAUAGGGACAUUUCUGACGCUUCUCUUAUUUACAGAUCGUUCAACUACUCCCGAAGUGCGUAUUCCUCCUGUUAACAAUGUUUUUGACGGUAGUGAUGGUGGUGAUAGUGGUGAUGCAGGUGGUGGUAGUGGUGGUAGUGGGGAUGCAGGUGGUGGUAGUGGUGAUGCAUUUGGUGGUAGUGGGGGAUGCAGGUGGUGGUAGUUGUGGUGAUACUGAUACUGUCGGCGGUGGCACCGCAUCAUGCAUUGUGUGGAAUGUUUCUGAAUGACCAUGACGUUGUAUACAGACGGGAGAGAGAUAAUAAAUUUGCACGCAUUGGGAUACAUUCAGUCGUGUCUGCUGAAUAAAAAUAAUUUACAUGAGAGAGAGAGAGAGAGAGAGAGAGAGAGAGAGAGAGAGAGAGAGAGAGAGAGAGAGAGACAGGCAGACAGAGACAGGCAGACAGAGACAGGCAGACAGAUAUAUUAAAAUAAGAUACAAUAGCUAUG